AUGUGUUUUAUCCGGUUCCAUAUUAAGUCAGUCAUAUUUCGUUUGGAGGAGCGCGAAGCUGAACUAAAGAAGGACAAUCAAAGACUUCAUGAGCGCAUUACUGAACUGCUUCGUGCCAAUGUUGAACUUUCUGAUCGACUUAAAUGUACCUCAGCUACAUCCACAUAUCCAAAUAUCGCUUCCCAGUCAAUCGCAAAUAGAUCGGGACUGAGAUUUCAACCACUCAUUCGUCGUGGACCAACCUCAAAUUCUCUAGGUGUGUGUCUGAUUUAA